ACUCAUCAAACCUUGCCAUCAUUUCUCAAUCUUCAUCUCUUGGAUCUCAACCUAAAACAUAAUGGCCUCGCUCUCUCUCCUCCUUGUUGCAACCUUUGCCUUUAACAUGGUUGUCUCUGAUAUUGUUCUGGUGUCCAGUGACGUGACUGGACCUGAACCCUGCGCCAGGAUCUGCUAUGGAGAAUCCGGUGGAAAAUGGAGAAAGAACGGUAACUACCUAAGUAUCGACUCCUCCCUGUCUGCCUGCAAGUUUGCCAGGAAAGCCCUUGUUCAGACUACCCUGGUGAACACCGGGGAUUACUCUCAGUACUCAGGAUAUGUUGGAAUUGAGCAGCCUACUUUCUUCAGAUACGAGAUGUAUGCCCCUGGAGUUUCAGCUGCUAAAGCUAAUGCUGACGGGUACCAAAUAAACUGGAGUGCUGCUGGUUACACUUGUUAGAACUGGAAACGUCUCAGUCAUGAUCAUUGAGUGAAAUAGUUGAUUUAUUAUUUCUUGAACAUUAUAAUCCGAUUAUUAA